CCUUUUUUUUCCCCCCUUUCUUUCUUUUUCUUUUUUUUUAUGGCGUCCACUCGCACAGGGGAUUCCCCCGCGUGACAAAAACAGCUCAGCUCUUCCCCUUUCCCGCAUUGCUCACACGCUCCUCGCCCGGAGGACCUCGCGCCGCGCGACCGGAUAGUUCGACGACGGAAGGACCCGCUCGGCUCUCCUCCUCGCGCCCAUAAUGAGCGUGGAAAUUCUCAAAAGGCGACAGAAGCAACGCGUCACCGCCGAGUCGCCGUCGCCUUUGAGCAACGUCGUUGGUCGCCCAAUGGCGUGAAAGGCACCAGCUCUUUGGCCCCCCCUCGGCUCUCUCCACGAGCGGCGGUCUCUUCGUCCCUCGGAGUCCCCCAAGUCCCCGCCGCCAGCGUUUUUUCGAAUUUUACCCGGAAAUUAGUCGAGGGCGAGUCGGGGAGCCCCGCUAUGGCGAGCGGCGAUUGUCGCAAAGAUGAUUUUCUGGAGGAGAGUCGCGUGGACUCGGGCAUUGACUCUUACCGCUCCAUGACGAAGUCGGACGAGCAGCAGCAACGGGAGGCCGGCGCCGAGCUCAGCGGGCCUAGGGACAAGUUUUCGGCCGUGGAAGAGCGCUUGGAUUCGGCCUACGGUUCGUCGUCUUUGACCGCGGAGAGCCUGGCGGAGAUCGUGGAGGGCUGUUCGAUUGCCUCCGAGGAGGCACCGGCGACCAGAACUGGACUCGCAGACCACGAGGAAAACCUUAUCACGUCCAUUACUGAAGAUGGAGAUACAAUCCUGCACCUGGCCAUCAUCCAUGAGGACACAUUCAUCGCAAAACAGUUGAUCCAACUGUUCCCAAAAGAGGUCCUGGACAUCCAGAACAAUUUGUACCAGAGUCCUUUGCAUCUGGCGACUUAUUUGAACCUGACGGAAGUGGUCAAGAGUCUAGUGGCUAAAAGGGUCAGCAUUGAGCUGCAGGAUCAGGACGGAAACACAGCCCUGCACGUCGCCUGCCAUCACGGCCUGACCAUGUGCGCCAAGGCCAUGGCCUUUGAGAUGUCCCCCAGCAAGCUGGGACUGGUCCUGGAAACCCAAAACUGGAGAGGUCUUGCCUGUCUUCACUUAGCAGCGCUCAGCAGGCAGCACGAGAUCAUGAAACUCUUGAUCAUGAAGGGCGCGGACAUUAAUAUCCAGGAGGGCACCAGCGGCAAAACGGCGCUCCACCUCGCCGUCGAGAUGCACGACGCCACGUCGGUGAAGCUGCUGCUCAACAGCGGAGCCAACGUGGACGCCGCCAUGUUCAACGGCUGCACGCCGCUCCACCUUGCCGUGGGGAGGCAGGACACGGCCAUCGCCAAUCUGCUCUGCCAGUCUGGUGCCGACACCAUGCUCCGGAACCUGGAGGACGAGACGGCGUUGGACCUCGCCGAUGGCAACAAUGAUAUUCUGGCUUUAUUUCCAUUUGAUGACAUUCACAUCUCGGGGAGGUCGGUGGUCGGUGUCAACUUUUGAGCCACCGCUGUUGCAGAGCUGCGUCACAGGCUCGUGAAGAUGCAUUAGAGGCUUACUGUACAAUUUGUAGGACCCUUUGACGGAUUCCAUAUUUAUACGCUCCGCAGAGAAACGCUUGCAUCACCUCAACUUUGCCUCUGUCGCAAAGGCGCCGAUCUGCUUUUUCGCAUCUUUGUCUUGAACACUGAAAAAAAAACUUAACUUCAGCUUAACACUUUGCAUCAUCACACCCAUUAACAUCUCGUAGGAGAUCUACCUCUUUCUCAGCAAGACUGUUUACUAAAAAUCAAAAUUUAAAUCGCUUUUCCUUUGUACAAAAUUUGACCCUGUGCUAUAUUUGUUGAGCUUUUUUUUUUUUUUUUUUUUUUUUUUCCCCCCUCCAGCCAAUGCAAGAAAAAAUAUCCCCACAUGGAAUUGUAAUGUUUGACAUUACAUUGUUUGGAGUUUAGAUUUCUGCUUCACUCUUGGGCGUUAAUUGGACUGGCCUGACUAGUUCUUAAGUGAUUUCGCGCUCGUUUAUUUUGUAAUAAAAUUGAUUAAAUGAUAAUUGCCUAAUGUUCCUUUAAAGACUCAUUACAUGUGACGGCGUACAAUAUCGGCUUGAGGGAGCGCACAGAACACUUUUUAACGUGCGUGAUGAUUAUGCGACAAGACGACUUUAGCUAUAAUCAUGUACAGUAAAUAUAAAAGUCAACAUAAUGCUAAUUCAAAAGUUGGGGUUUUGGCGUUAUAAGAUUUGAGACCAAAAUAAAUCAUUUCAAU